AUUAAAACUGGCUAGAAAUAUAUGAUUAGACUCUGUACACAGCUGACGUAUUCAUAUAUCACAAGUUUAAGCUACAUUUAGGUUAUAUUCUAUGAGAUUUUUGUCAACUAUACUUGUCUGUUGAUUACAAUAAAGAUCUGAGAGACAUUGAUACUUAUUGUCAUUCCACAGAUUUUAAAGAAUAAAGAUAAUUCUGGUGUAUACGCGGUACCCCAUGCAAGUCCUAUUUUUCAUCUGAAGCAAUGCAAUUAAGUGAAAAUGCAUAUUUGAGAAAUGUCAUAUAUGCGAGAAACAGACACAUAUACACAUCACACAGUCCUAAGACUAUCUUUGUCACUGUUAGGUAAACUAGCAAAAAACGUCUUAAAAACGUCUCGGCAUUUGUGGACUGGCCGCACCCUAAAUGAGGGGUAUCACAUGCAUCUACCAUGAAAAAUGACAAAACCAUCCAACAAAACCCUCGUUUCAGACACAGCAGACAAGGACCGGGACCUAAUAUAAAGGGCAAAUCUAGUGGGUUUGUGAUAAAGAGACAUUUCUACAUUUUACCAUCUUCAAGGCCUCACUCUUUCAGCUCAAAGCACUUGCUCAGUACUGACCCACUGGGAUCUGUAAGAGUGCAAGUGUAAAGCAAACAUGUCCAAAACAAGGAACAGUGAGGGGAACGUACUAAAGCGUGUGGCAAAACUGCCACUCGUCAGCUCAGCGCUGCAGCAGGCCUCUUCCGUCUACACGAGCGUGAAAGGUCGUUACCCGCUGCUCGGGUUUGUGGGAGUGGUAGCGGAGCUGGGCGUCCGUAGUGCAUCCACAGCAGCCCUGAAACAAGCAGCACCUCUGCUACAGAACCUAGAACCAGAAAUCGAGGCAGUGAACAGUUUUGCACUGGUGGGUUUGGAGCAACUAGAGAAGCUUUUCCCAAUUCUCCAACAGCCCACAGAUGAGGUGGUUACUAAUCUGAAGGACGCUUUCUUCUCGAGGCUGGAUGAUGCGCAGUCUCGAGUGAAUGAUGAGCUGGACAGAGCCGUGGACAGAUGGGAUCAGCUGAUGCAUCUGAGCUGGCGCCUGCUGGCGGAAGCUCAAGACUCGGCUCCUGGGCGAGUGAUCACCGCGGGUCUGGAUGAACUCAUCACUCAGUCCGAGGCGGCAAUGGCCUACUAUCUACCUCUGCCACCCACGCUGCAUCGUGAGUGGGAGAGAAGAGUGCAGAGCUAUGAAGAUGAAGAUGAUGACGAAGAUGAUGAUGAUGAUGACGAAGAACCUCGAAUGAGGACACGUAUCCGUAGCCUGUUGUUGUGCCUGUACCUUCAAAUGUACCACAGAUUGAUGAAGCUGAGAGAAAGACUGGACAGCGCUUUGCAGAUGCUGGGGGCAGCUGCUGAAACGGUGGGUCUAACGCAGUUGAUGGCGAUGGUGGAGUCCCUGCUGCAGCUGCUUCUGUCAUUUUACACGACUCAGGUGUAUCGUGUAGAGGAGCUGCGUUCUCUGCUCAUGGCUCAGCUCACAUCAGGUAUACAGGCACUGAAGGUUUUGCCCCCUGUACAGCAGAUACUGGCUCUGCCUACCCAGGUACGCACUAUCAUGAACGACCUACUGGAACUGGGACAGAUUCUCAUACAGCUGCUCAUCAACACCACCCCGCUCUAUGACCUGGUAAAUCAGGUUUCUGAUCUCGAUGCAGCAAACAAUCCAGUUCCAGAUGAACUUCCUGAGAGCCCCUCCAGCCGUGCCUCUGCAAACAGCCUCUUCCUCAAGGCCAUGGACGGUCGCCCGCGUCGCCGCAGAAGCCUUUACGCCCGCUCCCGUCGUGAGUCUGCCAGCGGGCUUCCAUCAAGCCCAGCUGCCUCCCCAACUCCCACCCGAGUCUCAGCAAAUGGCCGCAAAGGCAGUUUGAAGUUGGAUUCCCAGCCCUCAGGCCCUCCAGAACUUGACACGCUGGCUGUGCCCACCACCGAUAUGAUCCGCCGCCGUUCCUCCACCACCGAGGUCCUGCUGGCUCCCAUUAUGCAGCUAGUUACACAGAGCCAACGGGCGUUCGAGUUUCUGAGCUCUGGCCCUUCAUCUGAAGAUCAGGUCAUACCUGUGGUGGAAACCACAGAACAUUAAGCUCCAAUCUUCUCAAACAUAAGAUUUAAAUGUAAUCAGAGCAUUCAAACACAGAUCGCUGCAGCUCACAGGCUGUUAUAGAUAGUACAGCAAACAUGCCUUCAACCCACAAUCCAUACAGUGGCUUCUCUGGAAAACCUACAAAAACAAAUCUGGUUGGUUGCUAUUAAAUAACUUCAUUAGCCUAGCCUUCAGUUUGUGCAGAUGGUUUAAAAGCUAAAACAAAGCACUGUACUUAAAAUGAAAUCAAAACAGAAUGGAUUUGCACUCUGAAGUGCUGUGAUGUGGAGUAGGUGGUGGUUUUUUUUAGCUUUGAAUGCCUGUUUUCUAGAUGUUAGGAUAAUGAAACAACUCAACAAGUGAGCAGAAAAUGACAAGAGCACUGUUUUUUUCUAUAUAUUAUUAUUGUUAGCAUAACAUAACAUUUUAUGUAACCAAAUUAAAACUAUUUCUAUUCCACAGCUUUCUUAGUUCUUAUACAUUAUAAGCAGUUUUUUAUCUAUAGACUGUCAAUAAAUGACUGAUUGAAUUGGUUUGACAUUCAGUCUGAGGUCAUGGAUGUUCGGUCAAGAGGAGAGGAUAAGAUACUGUUAAUGUUUUAAUGGCUUUCCAGAACAAGGAUGUUUAAUUACAGAGCGGGAAACAUAAUGUGACACGUGUUCUACAUAGAUAGGCAUGUACUGUCACUAAAUGGUGUUAAAUGGACAUUUAUAGCUAAAAUCCUAACAGCCUUUAUCUUGUAGUGCUUUUUCCUUUAACAAAUGUAAUAUUGACUUUAAAUGUAAUAAAACAUUUUAUAAAAUCUGAUUGUUGUUUUGAGUGC